GAAAGAUGUAAAAAGAAAAUAUAUAUCAGAGAUUUUGAGGAAUCUAAAAUGUCGAAUUCUACCAGAUGUGCAGCCUGCAAAUCUUUAAGAAGAAGAUGCCCUCAAGAUUGUAUUUUAGCUCCAUAUUUCCCUUCCAAUAAUCCUCAGAGAUUUUUGUGGGUUCAUAAGAUCUUUGGUGCCAGCAACAUUACAAAAAUGCUCCAGCAACUUCCAGUGGAAUUAAGAGGGCAGGCAGCAGAUUGCAUGGUGAUGGAAGCAUAUUCAAGAGUUCAAAAUCCAGUUUAUGGAAGUGUUGGGAUAAUUCAUCAACUGCAACAAGAAAUAAUUGAAGCUCAAAAAGAGAUAAUAAAGAUACAAGGAGAAAUUGCCUUUUACAGUGCCCAAUUUCAACACCAACACUUGCAGCAAAGCCAGAUAAAUGCUGAGCAGCAACACCAAGAUUCAUUUUUUAGUGACUUCAAGUCAUGAAGAUUGAGUUGUAAUUUGAGUUUGAAGAAUAUGA